AUGGAGAAUCGCAGCGACUUCGAGGCGGAUGACUACGGCGACCUCAGCUGGAGCAACUGGAGCAAUUGGAGCACCCCCGCGGGCUUCCUUUUCUCGGCCAUGAGCAGCGUGCUCUCGGCCAGCAACCACACGCCCCAGCCGGAUUUCGGCCAGGACCUCGGCCUGUCCACCAGCUCCUUCAAUCACAGCCAGACCCUAUCCACCGAGCUGCCCGCCGCCGGGGACGUGGAAGACGCGGCCAAGGAUGCGGCGGCGUCCAUGGAGACGGGCUCGUUUGCAUUCGUGGUCCCGUGGUGGCGUCAGGUGCUCUGGAGCAUCCUUUUCGGCGGCAUGGUCAUUGUGGCGACGGGCGGUAACCUGAUUGUUGUCUGGAUCGUGAUGACGACCAAGCGGAUGCGGACGGUAACCAACUAUUUCAUAGUGAAUCUCUCCAUCGCGGACGCCAUGGUGUCCAGCCUGAACGUCACCUUCAACUACUACUACAUGCUGGACAGCGACUGGCCCUUCGGCGAGUUCUACUGCAAGUUGUCCCAGUUCAUCGCGAUGCUGAGCAUCUGCGCCUCGGUGUUCACCCUGAUGGCCAUCUCCAUCGACAGAUACGUGGCCAUCAUCCGGCCACUGCAGCCGCGGAUGAGCAAGCGGUGCAACCUGGCCAUCGCGGCGGUCAUCUGGCUGGCCUCCACGCUCAUCUCCUGCCCCAUGAUGAUCAUCUACCGCACGGAGGAGGUGCCCGUCCACGGGCUCAGCAACCGCACCGUCUGCUAUCCGGAGUGGCCCGAUGGGCAAACGAAUCACUCCAGGCUGGAGACCCUCUACAACAUCCUCAUCAUCAUCCUAACCUACUUCCUGCCCAUCGUCUCCAUGACGGUCACCUACUCGCGCGUGGGCAUCGAGCUCUGGGGAUCCAAGACCAUCGGCGAGUGCACGCCCCGCCAGGUGGAGAAUGUGCGGAGUAAGCGACGGGUGGUGAAGAUGAUGAUAGUGGUCGUCCUGAUAUUCGCCAUCUGCUGGCUGCCGUUCCACAGCUACUUCAUCAUCACAUCCUGCUACCCGGCCAUCACGGAGGCGCCCUUCAUCCAGGAACUCUACCUGGCCAUCUACUGGCUGGCCAUGAGCAACUCCAUGUACAAUCCCAUUAUAUACUGCUGGAUGAAUUCGCGCUUUCGCUACGGUUUCAAGAUGGUUUUCCGCUGGUGCCUGUUUGUGCGCGUGGGCACGGAACCCUUCAGUCGGCGGGAGAACCUGACGUCCCGGUACUCCUGCUCCGGCUCCCCGGAUCACAAUCGCAUCAAGCGCAAUGAUACCCAGAAAUCGAUACUUUAUACCUGUCCCAGCUCCCCAAAAUCGCAUCGAAUUUCGCACGGCGGAACCGCCCGCAGUGCGACGCUGAGGAACAGUCUGCCGGCGGAGUCGCUGUCGGCCGGCGGAGUUGGAGGUGGCGGUGGGGGGCACAGGAAGCGGUUGUCCUACCAGCAGGAAAUGCAGCAGCGGUGGUCAGGACCCAGCAGUGCCACCUCGGUGACCAACUCCAGCAGCACGACCACGCAGCUGCUCUCCUGACAGCCGGUCAUCCAGGUGGUGCCGCCGGAGAGGGAGAGCCUGGAGAUGCAGACGCAGAUCGUCUGCUCCUCGCCGUACAACAACAACUAUCGGCGGGCCAAUCCCGGCAUCUCCGAGCGCGACUCGUCCGACGACAAAACCUGGCUCUAAGCUACCUUAAGGUCUCGAAUUUACACUUUUACAAAGGUCCUGCGAUGGGAUGCCUACCGUUUCGCCCUAGUCUAAAUUUCAAUUCGUUCUUAAAGAAACCAAAGCUAAGUUAGGAUACCAUCCUCGCCCUCGACCGCCCCUCGAACAUAUCAGAUAUAGCUGGGCUGCAAAUCCGCCCACUAAUUGGGUCUCCCAUCACCAGAGCCCACUGUAUAUCUGCAUUGCCCAAGGGUAACUCGAUACCUUGUUGGAGUCCAGUGGGAAUCCAGGUUGUUGCUGGCGGGAUAAGACUAGAAGCUAGAGCGCUAUAUAAGAUUUCCCAUUCGUGGGCCUCGUUAGGCGGCUACUGAUCCACUUGAAUCACUGUACAUAUUCGGAUUGGUUCCUACAAAUCGUUUUUAACUCUUAAUUCUCAACGCUUACGGCUGCUUGCUUAAGUUGCAACCACAUAAGAAACCACAAAUAACGAAUAAAGAAUAACGAAUAAACAAAUGACUAUGAAUGUGAGUGUA